GCCCCCCGCCGCACCCCGGAGCCCGGGGGGAGCCUGCCCACCCCGGCCGGGCCGAGACGAGCUCCAGGCGGCCCAUGGCCCAGCGGUACGAUGAGUUGGUGUACUACCCGGGCCUGGACGGUGUGGCCCGGGCCGGUUUUGGGGAGCGCCCCCCAGCCCCCGCCCCAUCAUCCUACGGAGCCCCCGGGACCCCGCAGCGCUCGGCUCUGCCCCCGGGCCUGGGGGGCGGCGACGCCCUGAAGAGAGACAAGGACGACAUAUAUGGGCACCCGCUGUUUCCACUGCUGGCCUUGGUCUUCGAGAAGUGCGAACUAGCCACCUGCUCCCCCCGAGACGGCUCCGGGGCCUACCCCGGCGGCGACGUCUGCUCCUCGGACUCCUUCAACGAGGACAUCGCCGUCUUCUCCAAGCAGGUUCGCACGGAGAAGCCCCUUUUUUCCUCCAACCCGGAGCUGGAUAACUUGAUGAUCCAGGCCAUCCAGGUGCUGCGGUUUCAUCUGUUGGAGCUGGAAAAGGUGCACGACCUCUGCGACAACUUCUGCCACCGCUACAUCACCUGCCUCAAAGGGAAAAUGCCCAUCGACCUGGUGAUUGACGACCGCGACGGUGUCGCCAAGUCGGACCUGGAGGAUUUCCCGGGAUCCUGUCCCAGCCUGGCAGACCAGUCUAGUUCGUGGAUGCCCGAGCAGGACGAGGCCUGCUCCGCGCUCUCUCUCUCGGCGACCCCGGGGCCUUCCAGCGGCGGCUUCGUCUCCCAGAGCGGGGAUAACUCCAGCGAGCAAGGUGACUGCCUGGAGCCCAGCGUGGCCUCGCCCAGCACCGGGGAGGAUGAUGAACUAGACCGGGACCGCAAGCGGAACAAGAAGCGCGGCAUCUUCCCCAAGGUGGCCACCAACAUCAUGCGGGCCUGGCUCUUCCAGCAUCUCUCGCACCCGUACCCCUCAGAGGAGCAGAAGAAGCAGCUGGCUCAGGACACGGGCCUCACCAUCCUCCAAGUCAACAAUUGGUUCAUUAACGCCCGGCGUCGGAUCGUGCAGCCCAUGAUCGACCAGUCGAACCGCACAGGACAAGGAGGUGUGUACAGCCCCGAGGGUCCCCCAAUGGCGGGGUACGUUAUGGACACCCAACAACACAUGGCCACCCGCCCGCCAGGAGCGAUGGGUGGCAUGGGCAUGGAAGGACAGUGGCAUUACAUGUAGCCGGCACCUUGACGUUGGGGACGUGCAGGCUCUCAGCAGGCUCCAGGAACCAUGGGGACGACGGUCCGGGACCCCCCUCCUUCCCCCAACUAGGGUCCGCUCCCCCGGCCGGCCUCAUCCGCUGUCCCGUGGACCCCCCACCUUCCUCGCCUACCUCCUCGGCUGACCCCAGAGCACUGAGCUGCGACCUGUGACCCCUGCCACUCACUGGCCCCCCAGCCUCGUUCAGACGGCCGGAAACCUUGGAGGAGAAAUCUUUGGGGGCCGGGGCCGGGCGGGAACGCCCGGCGGGGCGAGAAAGACUCCCACGGUCUCACGAUCACUAAGGAGAGAGAGUGGCUGGGCAGGCGGGCCCACCCUCGGAGAGAAACGCGGCUCAGCGAUCAGGCCCUGGGGGUCAUCCCGGCCAUUCCCCAGCCUCCGGACAGAGCUGCCCCUGCCCAGGCCCAGGCAGCGGCUACUUGGAAGGACAGAGGGACACGCAGGACAGAUGAGCUGGCCGAGCCCCGGUCUCCGCCCCGGGUGGGCAGGGGGGUCGGAAAGGGACUGGAGAGACGGUGGCUGGCUGGAGGAGGGGGCGAUUUCUUUGCUCUUUUCUGGGGCUCGUUUCGGUCAGUCUCGAUUUUUAUGAUAAAAA